AUGGAUGCAGAUGCACAAUUUUUAAAUGAUUUUCAAACGGCAGUUUUACCAUUUGAACAAUGGACACAUGCAGCUCAUAUACGUAUGGCUUAUUUAGUUUGUAAAUCAUCGAAUAAUUUCGAUGAAGCUCUAUUAAAAAUUCGACAAGGUAUACAACAUUUUAAUGGAUUACAUGCAGCUAAACUUAAAGUUGGUUUUCAUGAAACAAUGACACGAUUUUGGACAAUCGUUAUUUGGAAUGCAACACAAAAAUGUGAUUCAUCUAUAUUAAAUUCUAAUGAUUUUAUUGAUAAAAAUUCUUAUUUAUUGGAUUCUUCAUUAUGGAAACAAUAUUAUUCACCAACACUUAUGUUUUCAUCAGAUGCAAAACGUGAUUUUAUAGAUCCUGAUUUAAAACCAAUAUCAAUUGAUAAUUCACAUAUCCCAAACUAA